AUGAUAGUCGAGAGGCUGCUUAAUGUACACCACGGCGGGCUGCCGAUCUCUUCGCUCGCCUUCCAGCCGCACCCUUUGUUUGUCUCUGCGCAUCCAACAGCAAGCAGCAGCAGCAGCAGCAACAGCAACAGUAACCCUGGAGCCGCAGCAGGAGGGAAGCAGCGCCGCCUAGCUUCCUCAACAGCAGCAACAGCCUCCCAGCAGAAGCAGCAGACUGCAGCAGCAGCAGCUAGGCAAGGAGCAGGGCGGCGCUACUGGCAGUAUGAACGGCUGGCGACAGCAGCAGCUGCUUCCGUGAAGAUUUGGGUGCUGCAUGCGCACCUACCGCACGAAGUUACAGCAGCAGCAAGGAAUGCUAAGCGACAAGCAAGUCGUGCAGCAGCAGCAGCUGCUGCUGCUGCUUCACCUGCGAAGAAGGUAAAGACGGAUGUGCAGCAGCAGCAGCAGCAACAGCAACAGAACGAUGGAGAGGAAGGAGCUGCAUCAGCAGCAGAUAGCAGCAGCAGCAACGCCACCAGCAGCAAAGGCGUUGCGUCGUCACAAGGCGACAGCAGCACUGCUGAUCCUGGAGCAGCAGCAGCAAGAGCGACAGCAGGAGCAACAGCAGCAACAGCAGCAGGCGGAGGAGGAGCAGGAGCAGCUGCAGCGGCGCUGAAGGCAGCAACAGCAGCACGAGCAGCAGCAGCAGCAGCAGCAGUCGAGGGUCUAGGCAGCAUUGAAGGAAGCCCUUUGACUCCUCUCCCCUUAACUCGCGCUACCUGCGUGUGGGGCGCAGCAAACCAUAAGGCGAACGUAACUGCAAUCAAAUGGACGUGGGAUGGAGAACUGCUGGCUACUUGUGACAGCAGCGGGGAGAUUCAUGUAUACAGCCUCGGCACGAGCAGCAACAGCAGCUGCAAAACCAAAGCAGCAGCAACACGAAAGCUGCGCCUGGCUUCUCCUGCACCAGGGGCGUCACAGCAGCAACAGCAGCAACAGCAGCAGCAGCAGCACGGGGGUGCUGCAGUAAAGCCGCAAGAUACACCAGAUACACCUAAGGCUGCAGCAAAUCUUCCCACUGCUGCUGCUGCUGCUGCAUCCCAGUCAUCGCCGCAGCAAGGCAAAUCAAAGGGGAGCAAGGCAGCAGCAAAAGCAGCAGCAGCAGACGGCGUGAUGCCGCCUGCAGCAGCAGCAGCACCAAAAGCAGCACCCAAGAAGCCAGGUGUACAGACAGCUGCCACUUCGGGCUGCUGCCUCUGCCCCUAUUUGCGUCUCUCGCAUCUUCCUCCCCCGGAAAGAGGUUCAUUAAGCCAGCAGCAGCAGCAGCAGCAGGAGCAGCAGCAGCAGCAGGACCAGGAGGACUUUGCCGCAGCUGUCGGCGCUACAGUGUAUGCAGAGAGGUGGAAACUUAUAAAGACACUCAAGACCCCACAGUCGUCUCUCCCUCAGACGAGCAGCAAGAAGCUGUACUUGUGGCGCUGCAAACCUCCUGCUGCUGGAGAGACAAAAUGGGUCAUGGAAGAGACGGCGCAACACGACCGGGAGCAACAGCAGCAGCAGCAGCAGCGGGAGCAACAACAACCGCUGCAGCAGGAGCAGCAGCAGGAGCAGCAGCAGGAGCAGCAGCAGGAGUUUGCUGUUGCGUACAUUGUUUGCUGCUGCAUGCUGCAGGCUGUGCUGCGAGAGGGCCCCGAAGAUUCGCCAGUGCUGCGAAUCCCUUCCUUCUCUGUUUGUGGAGAUUUGCUGUCGGUGUCUCAUGCGCAGCAGCAGCAGCGGCCCCUAGGGUGCGCCUUUGCUGUGGAUGCAAAUGGAUUGAUUGAGCCGCAGAUGCCUCUCUUCUUCUACGGGCAUCAGGCGCCCGUCAAAUCCGUGAGUUUCGGCGACGGCAUUUUUGUGUCUUCGAAAAGGGGGAGGCCUCAAGAGCGGCACGUGAUGUACUGCCAAGCUAGCGAAGACGGAGUGAUAUCCAUAUGGCGUGUCUCGCUUAACAGCAGCAGCAGCAGCAGCAACAACAACAACAACAGCAACAGCAGCAGCAGCAACAGCAACAGCAGCAGCGGCAAUAGUAGCAGCAGCAAUAGCUCUUCAAACAGCAACGGCAAGGGGACUCCUCUUAAGGCCAAGGCGCUUCAACAGCAACAGCAGCAACAGCAGCAGCCACAAUCACAGCAGCAGCAGCAGCAGCAGCAGCAGGAAGUGCAGCCUGAAGAGCAGCACGGACAGUGUGUGGCUGUUGUUACAAAUCUCCUAGACGAGAAUACUACCGUUCAAGGCUUCUCGUGGACUCGCGGAGGGCUGUGGCUUGCCGUCGCAUGCAGCGGCGGCCAUGUGGCGCUGCUGCGUCUGAGCGCCGAGGAGACUCGCAGCAGCAGCAGCACCACGCGCUGCAGCAGCUCUUACGACCACAGUGCAGCAGCAGCGCGUGCUGCUGCUGCUGCUACGUCUGUCUAUGUCCCGCCUGAGCCGGGGUCCGCAGCAGCGGCUGCAGCAGCAGCAGCUGCAACGGGGAGCUGGACAGCUUGCCGCUGCUGCUGCUGCUGCUGCUUCUUGCAUUCAUCUUUUCCCUUGAGGAAGCCUAAGCCGCGGCAGCCGCUGCCAGCAGCAGCAGGAGCAGCAGGCCCUGAUGGGUCUCCUGCUGCUGCUGGAGCAGCAGCAGCAGCAGCAGCUUCUCCUACAGCUGCACCUGUGCCUCUACGGCUGCUGCAGCAAGAGACAAUUCUUCAAAAUGGCAUUCGAAGAAUAAAGCCAGUGCUGCUGUCGCGUGUGGGCGGACCUCCUGCUGCAUCUGUUGCUGCUGCUGCAGCAGAUGCUCCUGCUGCUGCAGCAGCUCCAGAUGCAGCUGCAGCAACUACAGCAACAACUUGUGCUGCUGCUUCUGGUGCUGCUCCUGCUCUCGCUGCAGAUGAUGACGGGCGAGAGACCGCAGAGGCGGAUGGGGCAGCAGCAGCAACAGCAACAGCGGCACUAUCAGCAGCAAAAGCAGCAGCAGCAGGCCAAGUUGACAGUGCUGCUGCAGGUGCAUCGAAGCCAGCUGCCACUGCAGCAAACGGCAUAGCGCCUGCAGCAGCUGGAAGAGCAGCAGCAGCAGCAGUUGCUGCGGCUGGAGCAGGGAAGACACUCAGUUGUGUGGAAGUCUUCUCUCGGCUUGCGGCUGCCGGCAGCAGCAGCAGAGCCGAAGCAGCAGCAGCUGCCGCUGCUGCGGCCGCUGAAGGCUCUAAUGGGGCGUUGGUGGAAACCACUGAGCAGCAGCAGAACGACCAGCAGCAGCAGCAGCAGCAGCAGCAGCAGCAGCAGCAAGGGGAAGCUGCAGUUUGGUGUAGCAGUGGUAGAAGAAGCAUCGGGUCAGAGGACGGCAAAAUGGAAGAUGAACAUCUGCUGCAGCAGAGCAGCAGCAGCAGCAGCAGCAACAGCAGCAACAACAACAGCCUCGUGUACGCCUUUUCUUCGCCGGAUAUGGCUGGGGUGUACAGACAGCGAAGUGCUUGGAGAGAUCUCGAAAUGUUUCUUGCAUACUCUGCAAAAACACGAGCAGCAGCAGCAGCAGCAGCAACAGCAGCAGCAACAAAAGCAGCAACAGCAGCAGCGGCUGCUGCUGCUGGUGCUGCUGCCCCUUCUGGGGCAGACUUGUCUUUUGAGAAGUACCGUUCAUUCUCUUGCCCUCAAUCUGCUCUUGCUGCUGCUGCUGCAUCUACUGCAGCGAGCAGCAGCAGCAAAGCAGCCGCUUUGUUUCAUGAGCAGCAGCAGCUGCUUCGCCGCGUUGCUGCUGCUGUUGCCCAGAGGCAAACCAGCAGGCAAAAGGAGGACUCUGCUGCUGCUGCUGCACCAGAACCACAAAUGCCACCUCUACCGCAGCAGCAGCCGCAGCAGCAGCAGCAGCAGCAACAACAGCAGAUAGAGUGCGGGUCGGUUUCCGGCAGCAGCAGCAGCAGCAGAGGCAAAGGCAGCAACAGCUCGAGCAGCAGCGAAGGCGGUCGGGGUGGAAGUUCCGUAUCGAGCAGCACCAACGGCGGCGGCAGCAGCAGCAGCAGCAAGAACAGCAGCAGCAGCAGCAGCAGCAGCAUGACAGGUGGCGGGGGAGAUGGAGACGAAGGUGAUGGGCGCGACGGCAAGCGGCAGCAAAUGGCGUUGGUGAAUUCUGUUGAGGCCUCAGAAGCAGAAGACAGCGAAGCUGAAGAGGAAGACCCGAGGUCUGCUGCUGCUGCUGCCUCUGCUGCUGCUGCUGCUGCUGCUGCUGCUGCAUUCACCUUCGAUGACCCUACACUCAGCUGGGAAGAAUGGAACCCAUUCGCGCUGCGGCACAAGCAGCAGCUGCUGCUGCUGCAGCGGCUGCAGCGUGAGGAGGAAGAAGAGGAUGAAGCAGCAGAAGCAGCAGAGCAAGCAGCCAUUGCUGCUGCAGCAGCAGACGACGGCAGCAGCAGCAGCAACAGCAGCACCGCUGACGAGACAGAAACAGACAGAGACGCUCCCACGGCAAAUACGCAGCAGCGGCAGCAGCAGCAGCAGCAGGACGGGGUUAAAGCUGCAAGAGCUGCAGCAGCUCUUGCAGAGCCUAAGACGCCAAAGGAGAAGCAGCAGCAGCACCACCAAGAGCAGCAGCAGCAGCAGCAGCAGACUCUAGUUGAUGAGAAAGACGGCACAGAAGGUGGCGAUUCCCCCGCAGCAGCACUGCAGCGGGUGCGGCCCUCAAAGGCAGCUGCUGCAGCUUCUAUAGCAGCAGCAGCUGCUGCAGCAAGCCCGAGAAAGACAGCAAGAGCUGCAGCUGCAGCAGCAACAGCAGCAGCAGCAGCAACAGCGGCAAAAGCAGCAGCGGCUCCUCAGGAAAGGCCCGCCCUUUCUCUCCAAGAGGGGUCACAGCAGCAACGGCAGCAGCAGCGACAGCAGCAACGGCAGCAGCAACAGCAGCAGCAAAAGCCCCUGCAACUGCUGCAGCCGCUACAGCAGCUGCAGCAACAGCAGCGCCUUAUAGCAGCACAAAGCUGCGCAGAUAUUCUACCUGCUCCUAGCCUUUCGCCUUCUUUGUGUGUGUCCUUCUCCAUAGAUGGGCAGCAGCGACGGCUGUACGCCAUCAAUGAACGGUGUCGAGGGUCGAAGCGACAGCGCACUGCAGCAGCAGCAGCAGCAGCAGCAGCAGGACCAGGCGGAGAUGCCACAUGGGUCCCUACCAAUGAAGGCGCAUACCUAGUAUGCGUCUCGGUUACAAGCAGCAGCAGCAGCAACAGCAACGGCAGCAGCAGCAGCAGCAGUAGCAGCAGCAGCAGCAGCUCGGGGACGCUGCAACACACCCCGGAGGAAGAGGAGAGAGUUUUGUGGAGUCGAUGCCUUGAAGAAGGUCUGUUUGCUUCUUCGCUGGUUCUAGAUGCUGCAGCAAAUGUUGCUGCUGUUGUCAUGACACCUCGCAAAGGAAGAGACACACCCCAGCAGCAGCAGCAGCAGCAGCAGCUGCAGCUGCAGCUGAUGUCUCUUUCUUCGGGUGCUGCUCUGUCGCUGCCUUCUCUCGGCUGUCUCUCCACCCGCACCGUCUCCUCCCUCGCCUUUGCUCGCCUUCAUGAAACUCUUCCUUCUCUUCAGCAGCAGCAGCAGCAGCAGCAGCGGCCUCUGCUGCUGCUUGUUCUGACAACCGAUGCGUUGCUGCUGGGGCUGUCCUUGAAUCCCCUAGUCUCUCCUCUUGCUGCAUCCCAGCAACAGAAAGUGCAGCAGGAAGAGGAAGAGACUCCUGCAGCAGCAGCUGCAGCAGCUGCAGCACCAGGGGCUGCUGCUUCUGCUGAUAGCCUGUGGGCCCUGCAGUUCGCGCUCUCUCUGCAGACUCUCUGCUGCUCCGCCAGCCAGCAGCAGCAGCAGCAACAGCAGCAGCAGCAGCAGCAGGAGAACGAUUCCGUGGCAUGGGUGGAUGUACACCGGGGAUGGGGGUCGCUGACGAAGCUGUUUAAUCCCCUGCCAGGCAAAGCAGCAGCAGCAGCAGCAGCAGCAGCAGCAGAUGAGAUAGCAGCGGGAGAGCUAAAGCCCCCAGCAGAUCCUUCUUCUUUUCUCUCUCGCCUUUGUGCUGCUGCUGCAGCGCCAGAGUUUUUGCUGCUGCUGGUUGCGAUGCGAUCCGGAAGAGUUUUUGCCUGUCGCCUCCGCAGCACCUGCUGCAGCAGCAAUGGCUGCAGCAUCAGCAGCUGCAGCAGCAGCAGCAACUGCUGCUCUUUUUGCUUCUCUGAAGCCCUCCCCCUUAGCGGAGAUGGCUUCAGGCGCAUUGACGAUUUGGCGUUUGCUGCAUCCGACUUCUUCUCGCUUGUUUCCUGGGCUUCGCUGGAGCAGCAGCAGCAGCAGCAGCAGAAACAGCAACAGCAGCAGCAAGUAGCUGCUCCUGCUGCUCCUGUGGCUGCUGCUGACGGAAGGGGCUUCGAGUUGGCGAUGCAAAAUGGCACAGAGGGCAGCGAAGGCUGCAUACCGUCCAGAGGUAGCGCUGCAGCAGCAGCAGCAACAGCAGCAACGGCUCCAGAUGAGCCGGAGGAUCUCCUGGAGCGAAUUCAGCGCAACAGUCCAGCACUACAAGAUGCCUGCUGCAGCUUCUGGGGCAGCAGCAGCAGCAACAGCAGCAACAGCAGCAGCAGCAGCAACAGCAACAGCAGCAGCAGCAGCAGCAAAGGGUUUUUAGCUAGGCUCGCCCAGCGCUUUCUGGUGGCUUCUCUGGGGCUAACAAGCGAAGGCGUCACUGCGCUGCGGCAGCAGAGAGGGCUGCAGCUUAUUAGAGAUUUCUACAGCAAGGCUGCGGGGCCCCCCUCAGCAGCAGCAGCAGCAACAACAACAGCAGCAGCAGCAUCAGGCACGAGCACAGAACAGGAACACCACCUUGUACUGCAACAGCAGCAGCAACAGCAGCAGCAGCAGCAGCGCCGAAUCUUUUCCUUAGAAGCUGCAGGAAACAGCUCUGUUUUGUGCGCGCUGCACUUGGGCUGUCGUCGCAGCUUCUGGUGUUGGCUGCAGCAGCUGCUGCUGCGGCUGACGGAGCUGCAGCAGGUGGAGCAGCUAGCUGCUGUUGGAGAGAUGUUUAUAAGGACAGAAUAUUAUUUGCUGCUGCCGUGGUUAACGCUGCUGCAGCAACACGAGCAGCAGCUGCAGCAGCAAGCCACUUCCCUGCUGCUACCGGGCAUCUCGGAAAUCCGCAGCUCCCUCAUCGUUGCUGCUGAGGAAGCAGCAGCGGCGGCUACUGCUUCUGCUGCUUCUGCUGCUGCUGCCCCCGAGGCAGCAGCAUUUGCAGGCCUUGACUGGCGGCCUCUGGACAGCAGCAGGAGCUGA